AUGAAAAUCACUAAAGUAUUAUACCUCAUUGCUGCUUUGUUAGCAGUCAACUUCAUUGCCCCAAGCUUCUACAAUAAUGUUGUCGAAGCAAAGAAAGCCGGUGGAUACAAGAAUUUAUCUCCAGCUGAAAGAAAAAAGAGAAACCAAAAGAUCAUGAUGAUCUCCUCCAUUGCUUCUGGUAUUGCCGUACUCCUCGGUACUGCCUUAGGCUUAGGUAUCCACUACAAGAGCAGUGGCAGUAACAACAAAAGAGGAGCAACUACCGUCCCAUCCCCAAGAAAAGAGCCAUUACUUGGUGGCCAGAACCAAAAACCACAACAACAACAACCUCCCAGAAAAACCUACUAA